UUAUAACUACAUUUUCCUUCAAAAAGCAAUAUUAAAAGUUAGCCACAGAUCUCUCAAUUUCAGCUAAUAUUACACACCCUUUUUACGUCUUUCAUUAAUCACUACAAUUAUAAAUUGUGAAAAGUGUUAUAAAAAAGAUGUAUGUAGUGGCACACUUAUUAAUUUGAACGAUCGAUCAUUUUUAUCAAUCGGCACAGCUCACAAAAGAAAGGGUCACGGUUUUUAAUAUUUGUCAAAGAUUUUUUCUUUCAUUGUUUACAGAUGAUCAAGAUAGUAUAUCUUGUGUCUUUUCUGGUGUUCAUCGCCACAAGCGCUAUUGCAGACAGAAAGAUCGUUUGCUACUAUGGCAGCUGGGCUGCGUAUCGUCCUGGCAAAGGGAAAUUCGAGGUUUCUGAAAUCGAACCGAAAUUAUGUACACAUCUGAUCUACACUUUUAUCGGUGUUAGUACCGAGGGUGAUGUCCAGAUAUUAGAUGCGUGGAUGGAUUUACCUGACGGUAAAGAUGGCUUUGGGAAGUUUACCAGACUCCGACAGGCGAGUCCAGAUUCGAAGAUUAUGAUCGCGAUGGGUGGUUGGAACGAGGGCUCCAUCAAGUACUCGCAAGUUGCUAGUAAUCCAGCAACCCGCGCUAAAUUCGUUCGGAACGUGGUUCAGUUCCUGCAGCAAUAUAACUUCGAUGGUUUCGACCUUGAUUGGGAAUAUCCGAACCAGCGAGGUGGUCAAGCGGCCGACAAGCAGAACUUCGUCGCUUUGCUGAGGGAAUUGAGACAAGAGUUCGACAAGCAUGGCUUCCUUCUUAGCAUAGCGAGCGCAGCAGCCCAGUCAUCGGCUGCUAAAUCGUACAUAAUUUCACAAGUAGCUCAAUACGUUCAUUUCAUUAAUCUGAUGACGUACGACUUCAAUGGGUCAUGGAAUAGACAUACGGGACUGAACGCACCUUUGUACUCGUCUUCAAAAGACUGUGCGGAUGCGGCUGUCGGUUACUGGCUCUCUCAAGGCGCGCCCGCUGACAAGAUCAUCCUUGGUAUUCCCGCUUACGGAAGAUCCUUCACCUUAUCGAAUCCCAGCAAUACAGGUAUAGGUGCUCCAGCAAGAGGUGCUGGAACGGCUGGACCCUACACAAGAGAGGCAGGAAUGCUUGGUUAUAAUGAAAUCUGCCAGUACGUUAAACAGGGCUGGACCGUUAGGCGUUCCGAUGCAGAUAAAACACCUUACGCUUUUAACGGCGACCAGUGGGUCGGAUAUGAUGACGUUGAGUCUAUCGCUGUUAAGGCUGCAUACAUCAAUUCCAAAAAUCUGGGAGGUGCUAUGGUAUGGAGUAUCGAAACCGACGACUUCAGCGGUAGUUGCGGUUCACAGUACCCUCUACUGGUGGCUCUGAACAAGGAUUUAAGAGGAAAUACUCCAGUUCCAACGUUUCCUCCUGUAACCACCUCAAAGCCAGGCGAGGCCACCAUACCUUCGCCAUCGGACAAUAUAUGUACGAAAGAAGGCUUCGCUCGACAUCCUAGUGACUGUACACGCUUUUAUCAGUGUAUAAAAGUAGUCGAUCAUUACGUGGCGUACGAAUUCCGGUGUAGUGCUGGAACUGUUUUUGACCCGAAGACAAAUACCUGCAAUUACCGAUACUUAGUACCUGGUUGUUAAAUUUUUGGAAUUGUCGAAACACUUGAACUGUUAUGUCGAAAUACAAUGUACUAUUUACAUGCACUUUAUACAUAGAUUGUAAUAAAAUAUUAUUUUGAAAAUACCUUGACUUAUAUUUGUAUACCUUACAUGUACAAAAAUGGCCGCCG